CAUAACAGGCUAUUAUCCUUGUGUAAUGCUAUUACAGAACCAAUUAUGCGCCAUUAUACUUGCUUUUUUUGCAGUUUAUGUGAUUUGAUCCAAUCCCGCGUCCCUGACUUGAAAAUUUCAUCUGGGUACUUUAAAGUCUAAUUUUCACCCGGGCUGAGGGAAGGGCCAUCUCUCUCCGCUGAGCCUAUGUCUCGGAUGCAUUUUAAAAGUAAUUGCAAAGGGUCCCGCCGCAUAUCAUUUGCAGACGGGAAGCGAGCAUAAAUCCAGGGACCCCUUGCUGUGAACAAAAUCAAACUUUGCUUUGGUACGAUCGCUUGGAAAGACAAGACGCGUGCAAAGCGGCCCCCCAAAAACCCAUCCAGCGGGCAAUUAACAGGCGCUUUGUCAGACUCUACAUCCAGGAGAAGAUGCUGUGGGAUCGUGCCAGGCAAAAGCACUAACCCUCCCCCCCGCUAGCACCACUCCCAUCAAUAAGGUGGCAACCCAAAGGGGACGCGCGCGGGGUCUGGGGAGCGCUGUGGAACAGAAAUGCUUAUAAAAUAAUGGGAUUUUUUUGUUCACAUUCCUGAUGUUUGCUGAGAAAUGACGUUUUUUUUUCUCUCCUCCACACACCACGUGGGCCAUUUGUAGGGCCCAAUAGACCUAUCCAAGUUACUCACUGUAGACAGCGCUGGAAAUAAUCAGAUUAAGGCCAAUUAUGCGUGAGAUUAUAAAGGCAAGUGCUGAGAGGCAGAGCAUGCUGUAGACAGAUAUAAAGACAUCUGGCCACUUCCAGAACUCCACAGAGCCCUUCUGUCUCUGCAGCCAAGAGCUCGCAGCAUCUUAUUCCAGUCCAAAACCCCACAAAUCGUACUGGGGAUUUUUACUUCUCUUCGUUUUAGGGUGUCGGAUGAGACGUCGCUGCUGGGCUUUGUAGUGGUUCAGUGGAAGUGGCUGGGGGGGAGUUGGAUGUUUCGGUCAGGAUCCCUCCCUGUGUCUCUCCGGGAAGGCUGACUGGUUCGCGGUUUGCUCCGCAGCUCUGGACGGCAGCGGUGACUCUGGGCGAUGUUCUAUUUCCACUGCCCCCCGCAGCUAGAGGGCACUGCCCCCUUCGGAGGCCACUCCACGGGCGACUUCGACGAUGGCUUCCUCCGCCGAAAGCAGCGCAGGAACAGGACCACCUUCACCCUGCAGCAGCUAGAAGCACUGGAGGCAGUUUUUGCUCAAACCCACUACCCCGAUGUGUUCACUAGAGAAGAGCUGGCCAUGAAAAUCAACCUCACAGAAGCCAGGGUGCAGGUCUGGUUCCAGAAUCGAAGGGCUAAAUGGAGGAAAACAGAGCGAGGCGCUUCAGAUCAAGAAGGAUCAAAGGAAACAAUGACGGAGGUGGCACCCCCUGUUCGGAACCUCAGUUCCCCCUCUCCAGUUGAUCAAGCCAGGAAUAAGAAAGAGAGUCUGGAAAUUCAGCAAAGUCUAAGCCGAGCAGUUGGCCCAACGGGGCCUUUCUUCCCUUCAUGUCUCCCUGGGACUCUUCUCAACACAGCCACCUAUGCUCAGGCUUUAUCCCAUGUUGCUUCUCUAAAAGGGAGCCCACUGUGCUCUUGCUGCGUCCCAGACCCCAUGGGCCUAUCCUUUCUCCCUACUUAUGGCUGCCAGAGCAACCGCACAGCCAGUGUGGCAGCACUGCGUAUGAAAGCACGGGAACACUCAGAGGCCGUGCUGCAGUCUGCCAACCUCCUGCCAUCCACCAGCAGCAGCCCUACUCCCCCAGCCAAGCCUACCCCAGAGAAUGGCCAGGACAACAAGCCUUCUCCAGCCAAAGAACACAUGGAAGGGGAGAAAAGCGUAUGAGGAUGGGUGAUUCCUCAGCCACUGGCUUGUUGCAAAGAACCUUCGGCCUCCUGCAGAAAUCAUCGUCUGGUAAAC